GGGCUGCGGGCCCGGCGCUCGCAGCCGGCCGCGGACAGACCCGCGCCUCGGACCCCCAGCCCCGAGGGCCCCGCGCCCAGCAACGGGAGCGAUGCUGAUGCUGGACUGCACUUCAGAGUCUGGUAGUUUCAGCAACUUAUUUGAGAUAGGAACCGGUGUGAACGCACCUGCAGAUGCCUUUGGUCAGUCUCCAGCUCACUUGGCUGCUUGUGGUGGUGAAGCUUUUUUUCUACUGUGGCAACUGCAGACAGGAGCAAAUCUGAACCAACAGGAUUGCCUUGGAGAAGCCCCGAUACAUAAAGCAGCAAAAGUUGGGAGUUUGGAAUGUCUUGCUCUCCUUGUUGCUGGUGAUGCUAAAAUUGACUUGUGCAACAACAGUGGACAGACGGCAGCAGACCUCGCACUGGAUUGUGGCUUUCUGGAAUGUGCCAAGUUCCUCAGGACAAUUCAGCACACUCAGGCAAUGAAACUGAGAGGACAGUCUGGACACUCGCUAAGUGACAAACAUGGCUUGCAGAGAGAGGAUCCAACUGCACAGAAACAAGAAAGUGAAACCAGCAGAUCCAUAAACAGGAAGAGGAGAAGAUCAGAUGAUCUUGUCUCCUAGCUGCCAGAAGAAACAGCUGUAAUCCCAACAUGAAAUAAGGGGAAUCUGAAGUCUGAAGAACCAUGACUGGAUGAUACACUGAGCAGUCAGAUGUGUGUGCUGGGACACUGUCUCCUUCUGAGAAGGAGGAAAGCUUGUUUAUUGUUACUUCUUACAGAAGAAUGCUGUGAGGUUUUUCCCCCCCUAGAAUACUUGUAUUCAUACAGCUAUAAAUAAAUGAGCAUGUAAAAAUU